UAUGCUCUCUUCAUCAAGUUUGACUCUAACUACUUAAGCCAAGUUAGCCUUAGUAAUUCAAGCCAUUGCACAAAAUGAAUAGUUAAGUGAAAAAAAGAAACAAAGAUUAGCAUAAAUACAAAUGUUCAACCCUGAAGUUGGUAUAUAAUUAAGUGAAGCUUAGCAUUCCUAAGAAUAGAUCAAAGGAGAAUAGGACAGCUAGGUCAUUCGGAUAUCCUAGAAUUCCUAUAAGAUAGCAAGAUUUCACAUUCUUAGUUUGAAGCAGCUUAUUUAUAUAAGAAAUUGGAUUGGGAUAAAGACGGAAGGAUCAAGUUAGCAGAGUAAUUUAAUAUUCUAAUUAUAGUUUCUGUUAAUAUAUUUUGACAAAAAGAAAUACUGCUUUAAGAGAAAUAGUAAAAUCUAGAUAACUAUACCCUAUAGAUAUUGGAAUGCUCUUACCAACUGAAGUAGAAUUAGCACUUUCAGAUGUAUUCGCUUAAGAGAUUGAAAAUUAUAGAGUGAUAAAUGCUGCAAGAUAAUCCUUAGUUAAUUCUUUGGACUAUUCAACAUUGGAAGCUUUUAAGACCUUGGAUUUGUUUAACUAAGGAUACUUAACAAAAGAAACACUUUCAUUAUUUAUGCAAAGAUAGAAUGCUCCUUUAUUGAAUGAUGAAGUGAUCUCAUUUUUUGAUGCUGUUGAUCUUGAUUAGGAUGGCAAAAUCUCAUAUAAUGAACUGGUUGAAGCAGUUCAUUUGAUGGAACCUCUCCCUUAUAGAUCAAAUAUUAUACGUGAUAAUGAUUUUGUUAAUGCUGUUGAAAAUAACAGAUCUUUGGAGAGAUUAUCCUUCUCUUCUUAUCCUUAUUAUUUCUAUCCCUAUUAUCCAUAUUAUUAUCCUUACUAUUAUCCAAAUUUACGAUUAGAAAGUGUGAGACAAAGAGAAGACUCUCUUGAAAGAUUAAGAAGAUCUAAACUUUAACAAAUUUAGAGUGAAAACAGAAUAAUUCAAUUAGAAAAUUAAACAAGGUUAAGCUAAGAGAGAUAGAGAAGUGCAGAGCGAAUUAGAUAGAUUUAAGAGGAAAGCUUGUUAAGAUAAACACAAAUAGAAGAGUAAAACAGGAUUAGAGAGCUUGAUAGAUUAAGAGAUGAAGAUUUAAGAAGAAGCAGAGAAAGAAUAAGGAUGGUUGAGAAUGAGGCAAUAUUAAGGAAACUUGAAAUAGAAGAGAGAGCUAGAGAAAUCGAAAGAGAAAAUAGAUUAAUAGCUUUAGAAAAAGAAUAAAGAAUUAGAUAAGUUGAAUUAGAAAGAGAAUUAGUUGAGAGCUAAGUCAAAUUAAGGAAUUUGGAAAGAAACAACAGCUUAGAAAGAUUAAGAUAAUUGGAAGCAAGAAGAUAAGGAGAAAUUGAUCAAUUACGCACAAGCAAUACUUUAGCUUAUACUCCAUAUUAUUCUACAUAUACAUCUCAUGUACCCUAAUAUGAAAGAGCUUUGUAGAAAUACCCAUAUUCCUUAAUCGAUUCUAUUAAUGCAUUCAAGUAAGAAUGUAAAUUAAACAUUAGCACAAUCAAAAGAUACUCUCCAACUAAAACUAAUUCCCUUGUUCAAUCAACUAUCUACGAAAGCCCAAGUAAAAUAAAAAAACAAGAAUUUAAAAUAAAAUGAU